GGAAGGAGAGUGUGAGUCGGGGGCGCACGUGCAGAGCAGAAAGCCCCCCCCCACCUCUUAGCGUUGUCAGCGGGUCUCUGCAAAUGUUUGCGAGCUGCUAGACUUCCUUCUGAGUCUUAAAGUGGAUUAACAGGGAGAACCUCAAUAGGGCUCACCAGGCCUCUGCCUGGGCCAUCAGGGAGUCUUCGUCCUCGUCCUUUUUCGCGAGAACUUCUAUCAUCUGGCUCCGGGAACUACAGGCAUUAAUUCCUCCAGACCAGGUACGCACACAACAUACUCUAGGUAAACUAGUAACAACGGCGGAAUACAUGUCAGAUGUUUCCCUCAACUCCACCAAAUUUUUGGCCAGAUCUAUUGCAGCCACAGUUGCGUCCCACAGAUUCAUGUGGCUGAAACAGUGGAGGGCUGACCUAAAGUCAAGAUGGCGUCUUGCUACAGACACCUACAGUGGCAAGAAUUUAUUUGGCCAAAUCCUAGAGCCGUACCUGGUUGAAGGGAAGGAUAAGAGAAAAACCUUAGCUCAUCCGUCCAAGAAGACGGAUAGGAGAUCUCAACAAGAAUUUCGCAGGCAGUCCUUCAGGGCCAGAAGUUCUUGGGAAUGGAGGCAGCCCUUUCGAUCAGAGCAGUCCUGGGAUUGGCCCAGAGGUUCCCGAUCCUUCUCCCCCAGACAGAAUCGCCAACAGGACCGCCAGAAUUCAGGAGCCAGGGGUCAGUUCCAGACCAAGCGACCCUUCAGAGGGGCGGGAGGCCGUCCAUUGCGAAGGUCUAAGUGACGCCAGAUUGGACCCUCCCAUAGGCGGACGCUUAACCCUGUUCAGCGACACUUGGGAGGUCACCACAAACGAUACCUGGGUGAGAGAGACCAUAAGAUUCGGUCUAGCCCUAGAACUAAAGUCCAUACCACCAGACCGUUUCCUUCAGUGCCCCGCCUCAAGACACGCACACAAGGCCGAACUAGUAGACACAGCAAUAUCACACUUAUUAGAAAUAAGAGCCAUAAAAUCAGUUCCUCCAGAACAAAAAGGAAAAGGGUUCUAUUCCAUUCUCUUCGUGGUUCCCAAGCCCUCGGGGGGAUGGAGAGCGAUAUUAGAUCUAAAGGGACUCAACCGCUUCCUAAUCUACAGGAAGUUCAAAAUGCAGUCCCUCAAGUCCAUUCUAGCAAGUGUCAGGAAGGGAGAUUACCUCUCCUCCAUAGACCUGACAGAAGCCUACUUUCAUGUUCCUAUCAGACCACAUCAUCGCAGAUUCCUCCGCUUCUGCCAUGCAAACAGACAUUAUCAGUACAGGGCACUUCCCUUCGGUCUAUCCUCGGCACCACGGGUAUUCACAAAGAUACUGGCAGUAUUAGCGGCACAUCUCAGAUUAAUACCGGUAAGAAUACAAUGUUACCUGGACGAUAUAAUCAUCCAGUCCAGUUCAUUCCACACUGCUCAACUAGAUCUACAGACCACAAUAGAGACACUUCAGAGACACGGCUUCUCAGUAAAUUUCAAGAAGAGCCACACCACCCCUACCACUCGGAUCUUGCAUCUAGGGGCGGUGAUAGAUUCAGACCUAUGCAAGGUCUACCUCUCCCAGGAACGCAGGGACGGUAUCAGAUCCUUAGUUUGCAAGAUCCAGAGAGAGAAGGUAGUUCCCCUUGUCCAGUUGUCACAGCUGUUGGGGAAGAUGAUUUCUUGCCUAGGAAUAGUGCUGUGGGCCAGUCUGCAUUCCAGACAUCUACAAUGGUUCCUGCUUCCCUUCCAGAAGCGGAACAUGAGUGCCUCCACACGGAAGGUGAGAGUUCCGUACCACACUCUACAGUCACUCAGAUAGUGAGGGUCACCCGCCAUACACAAGGGGACAUUCUUCAAGGAGCCUCACAGACUUAUCCUGACCACGGACGCCAGUCUGUUCGGUUGGGGAGCGCACAUAUGGCUCAGGGUCAAUGGUCCAAGCACGACCUCACGCACAAUAUAAAUUGGCUAGAACUAAGGGCAAUACACCUGGCUCUUUGCCAGUUCUCCAACAUAGUGAAGGGGAAUCAUGUCCUGGUAAUGAUGGACAAUGUCGCAGCCAAGGCUCAUAUCAACAGACAGGGAGGGACCAAAUCUUGGUCCCUCAUGCAGGAGGCCCUAGCAUUGGGUCUGUGGGCAGAAUCCCAUCUGAAAUCCAUCAGAGCAGAACACAUUUCCGGGGAGGAGAAUUGUCAGGCAGAUUCUCUAAGCAGGGCGACGAUAGACCACUCGGAGUGGCAAUUGGAACCGAACCUCUUCAGGGAAAUAUCGGAGAGGUUCGGGCAGCCUCGGGUAGACCUGUUUGCUUCCCCAACAAAUGCUCAGCUUCCCAGGUAUUUCACGCGGUUUCCAUCAUGGGGGGCGGAGGGAACGGAUGCGCUACGCAGCAGAUGGCCCAAGGGACUUCUGUAUGCCUUCCCUCCACUUCCCCUGAUUCCAGCUGUCAUCAGGAGACUCCUAUUAGAGGGGGCAGAAUUAAUCUUGCUGGUCGCCAAGGCGUCCUUGGUUUGCAGAUCUCGUGGAUCUAUCGAUCUCCCCACCUUGGAAGAUUUCAGCAGAUCGCAUCUCCCUCAGUCAGGGUCAGCUCCAACAUCUGGACCCGCAGUGGCUUCAACUAGCCGCUUGGCACUUGAAAGGGAGAGCUUAACUAGACAGUCCUAUUCGACUGGAGUGAUUGCUAUAAUUCAAGCCUCCAGACGUCCCUCCACUAACAGGAUCUACGAUGCCACGUGGAAAAGUUUCUGUGCAUGGUGUAACACCAGGAGGGUCAACCCACUGGCUAGCACCAUUCCGAUAUUAUUGGACUACCUUUUAGACGGACUAAACAGGGGACUGUCUCACAAUACCAUCCAUAGGCAGAUCGCAGCAUUAUCCACGGUCCUCAUUUGCGAGGAUCAGGUACAGCUAUCUCAUCAUCCAGUUGUUACAGUCUUCCUUAAGGGAGCCGUUAAGACAGGUCCCCCUGUAGUACACAGAUAUCCCACAUGGGACCUGCCAAGGGUUCUUCAGAUUCUUAUCAGUUCACCAUUUGAACCCAUCAGAUCUUGUUCACUACACUUCCUUUCAUUGAAAGUAGCCUUUUUGAUAGCCAUCACCUCGGCAAGACGCAUCUCGGUACUUGCUGCACUCUCGAUCAGGGAGGAUCUUUGUGUUUUUCUGGAUGACAGAGUGAUCCUAAAAUUGGACCCUUCUUUCAUUCCGAAAGUCAAUACUAGCUUCCACAGGUAUCAAGAUCUGAUUCUUCCGGACUUUUGUCUGCGACCUUCUCACCGUCUUGAAAGAUUGUGGCAUACAUUAGACGUACGCAGGGCUUUGCAUCACUAUGUGAAGCGAACCGCUGCAUUUCGUAGAUUGGAGGCCUUGUUUGUGUCUUUCCAAUCUUCUUCCAUGGGUCUGAAAGUAUCAUCCUCAACCAUUGGUAGAUGGAUUAGGGCCUGCAUCUCUCACGCUUACAGGACUCAGUCUCUUCCUGUUCCUCCUUGCAUCACUGCUCAUUUUACACGUAGUGCUGCUACAUCUGCGGCCUGGUCCACUCAGGCCUCGAUUGAGGAAAUUUGCAGGGCAGCCACCUGGGCUUCCCCCUCUUCAUUUAUAAGGCAUUACAAGCUUGAUAAAUUCGCUGCCUCAGACGCAUCCUUCGGCAGAAGGGUUCUGCAGCAGGUAGUCUCUACGCAUGAGCCACAAGCCUAGACUUCCCUCCUGACAGGGACACGGGUGGCUUUGAUAUGUCCCAAUCGGUGGAUGCUACAUCUAUCAUGCUGGAGAAGGGGCGUUGUCUUACCUGAACGCCUUUUCUCAGCAUGAAGAUGUAGCAUCCACACCCACCCUUAACACUUAGUCUAGGCAGAUU